AUGAAGAUAAUUCAAACAUGUCCGUGGGUUCGACGGCCGUUCCGCUGCCACGGCGACGCGGCGGCCGACAUCUUGUUCCUGGUGGACGGUUCCUGGAGCAUCGGACGCACAAACUUCAGACGAGUGCGAGACUUUCUGGAGGCUCUGAUGGUCCCGUUCCACAUCGGACCCAAACACGUCCAGAUCGGUCUGACCCAGUACAGCUCCGACCCCAGAACCGAGUGGAACCUGAACAACUUCACGCAGAAGGAGGAUCUGCUGGAGGCCGUGCGCAGCUUCAGAUACAAGGGAGGAAACACGUUCACAGGUCAGGCUCUUCUUCACGUGAUGGAGCACAGUAUGACGGCGGCGUCUGGAAGGCGCUCGGACGUUCCUCUGUUCCUGAUUCUUCUGACCGACGGAAAAUCUCAGGACGACGCCAUUUCAGCCGCCACCAAACUGAAGAACAGCGGCGCCGAGAUCAUCGCCGUGGGAGUGAAGAACGCGGACGAGGCGGAGCUGCUGCAGGUGGCGUCGGGUCCAGAGGAGUUAAACAUGUACAACGUCAACGACUUCCCCCUCCUCAGUAAACUGGUGUCUCGCCUCGUGCACAUCCUGUGUGUGCGAAUCCACGAGCGCAGCAACGCCAACGCCAAACGUGUGGAGCCAGACCCCACCCCCUCCUCUGGCCCCGCCCCCAGACCGGACCCAGGCCGAGAUCCUGGUCUAGACACGAGUUCAGACCAAAGCGCAGACCCCGGUCCAGACCCCGGUCCAGAUCCCGGUCCAGAUCCCGGUCCAGACCCGGACCUGCCGAGCCCCACGGACCUGCGCUUCUCCGAACUCGAGUCCCGGAGCGUCCGGCUGCACUGGACCCGCCCCCGACCUCCGCCACGCCAACGUGCAGCAGUACAGAGUCGUGUAUCACAGCGCAGAGAGUCAGAACCCACAAGAGGUGGUGGUACCAGGCUCCUCCUCCUCCGUCCUCCUGCAGAACCUGUCGUCUCAGACUCUGUACCACGUCUCCAUUUUCCCCGUUUACGAGCGCGACGUGGGGCUGGCGCUGAGAGGAACCGUCACCACACGUGA